CGGUGAUCAGUCGCGACCGUGAAUGAAACCACUUUCCAAGGUAGAGCCAGGUAAUAAAUAUUCAAUAUUUACACUUUCUCAAAUUACUUGUCAUCGCCCACUUUCUAGAGUCCAAAUUGUUUCACAAUGCCAUAGGAAAACAGCGGGAAAAUAAAUUCUUCACUCGCAAUGGUACGAACUAAAAAGUCCACCGCAGAGCCUGGGCGCAAUUCUAGGGGUUCGCGAAAGCGAACACAUGAUGAAGACGAAUCCAAGCAGGAUACCACAACGAAACGGCGAAGUGGCCGAGAGAUAACUGCGUCGGAAUCUAAUAGUAUCACAAAUGGCCACCGAUCCGAAUAUGACUUUCCCUCAGACGAAGAAGAUAUAACUUCAUCGGUGAAACAGACCCCUAGCAAAAGGAAGCAGCUCGCGACCGCCACAACACCCAAGGAUGUGGAAGUGUCCACUCCUAGAGGCCGUCGAAGAAAUGGCGCCGACCUCGUAACACCGUCGAAGACCAAUGGCAGUACUGCACAGACUCCGAGAUGGAAACGAAACGAUCGGUCCGCAAGGAAGAAGAGCGCCAGAGCCCUAAUUGAACAAGUUGUAGGGGAGAAUGGGAGCGACGAAGAGGCGGAUGAAGAUAUAGCUCGGGAAAUCUUCGAAUCGAGCGAUGAUGAAGAGGAUGAGGAGGGAGAAGAGUCGGAUAACCUCCCCGACGAACCGGCAACGCCGUCCGGAAAACCUCGACGGGGUCGGCCGAAAUCCAAGUUUACCACAAAGCGGACUAGGAAGAAAUCACCCACGCCGCCCAGAGACCUACCUCCGCACGAGCUGUAUUUCGCGCAGAAUCGACCCGGGGCUUCGAAGACGUCGAAUAACAAUCUGACGUCCCUGAAGCUUCUGACUCACGAUGAGUACUUCUCGAUACUACGUGAUUAUACGGACCCGCACGCCGAAGACGUCGAGUUUCUCGAGUCGAUACAUGUCGAAUCGUUCCCGCAAUGGACAUUCGAGCUCUCUCAGGGAUUUAGCAUAUGUUUGUACGGGUAUGGGUCGAAGCGAGGUCUUCUACACCAGUUCGCGAAGCAUGUGUACGACAAGUAUUCGGACCACAUCGCUCACAAGAUCGUCAUAAUAAACGGAUACGUGCGGAUGACUUCUCUACGCGAGAUUCUGGGUACUGUAGCUAGCGCGGUCAAUCCCGCUCACAAGGUCCCUGCUGGUAAUCCUUCGGGUAUACUUGAUAACGUGAAGUCUCUCCUCUCAUCUCACGAGGUUGUUGUGACAGUUAUUUUGAACUCCAUUGAUGCAUUUCCUCUACGAAAAGCUGGGACACAGUCUAUCCUUGCUCAGUUGGCGGCCCACCCGAAUAUCCGGCUCAUCUGCUCUGCCGAUACACCAGACUUCCCCUUGCUUUGGGAUAGUAGCUUGCGGUCUUCGUUUAACUUCGUGUUCCACGAUUGCACGACGUUUGCGCCUUUCACCGCAGAGCUCGAGGUCGUGGAUGACGUGCAUGAGCUUUUAGGCCGGAAAGCGAGGCGGGUCGGAGGGAAGGAAGGUGUCACUUACGUUCUUCGUAGCUUGCCGGAGAACGCCAAGAACCUAUUCCGUCUGCUGGUUAGUGAAGUCCUGGUGGCUAUGGAUGACGGUUCCGACGGGGAGGGUUCUGGGGUGGAGUACCGGAUGAUAUACAACAAGGCAGUCGAGGAAUUCAUUUGCAGUUCGGAGAUGGCUUUCCGGACGUUGUUGAAAGAAUUCCACGAUCACCAGAUGAUUACGAGUCGCAAAGAUGUUCUGGGUACUGAGCUCUUGAGUGUGCCUUUCCAGAAAGAAGAGCUUGAGGCGAUAUUAGAAGAUCUUAUGUCAUAGAGGGAUGGUAUGAAUACGUAGGUAUUUAGGCUAUCAUGAUAUUUUGAUACUGGAAAAGCGAAAGGAAGCAUAAGCAUGAUCACUUUAUACCGCAUGAGAUACCCUCGGAUAAUUUAAUUCUCUAUAUGCUCAAUUCUGGCUUCGCCUAGGACAGUGUGCUCAUCUGAGUCUAAUC